CCUUUGUCAAUUUCUUGCGCUCCCGUUGAAACGCCUGGUUGUUGUUUCCCCGGGAUAAGAGGAAGAAGUUGUUCAACCCGCGCUGUCGGAGGUUAGGGAACAUCGAGAGAGGAUAACAUACGCUAAGCCGAAGAAGCUUCACUUUCUUCUGUGACCAGAGGACGAUCUGUGAAACUGAGAGUAUAGAGAGUAGUGGGCUGAAAGCCAGGGGGGGGAUAUAACCUACCCAUCACCUUGUAGCACAGCGCGGUGUGCAACUCCUCGAGCCAGCAGCGUGCAACACCGCUCCUCUGGAUUGUGUUGCAAACAAGGGAAUGACAUAAACAUACACCGAGAUGGUUUACUACCCGCGGGGACCUUCAGAGACCACAGAGACACUACUGCUGCUGCUAUUGCUGUGAACUUGUAUGUCCUAAAACCGUACAGACGAAAAGGGGGAUUACAAAAAGUGCUUAUUCUUCUUAUUACCAGCAAAGGGAUUAAUUAUGCCGGACCAAAUAACAGUUUCAGAGUUUGUGGCAGAGACGAAUGAAGAUUAUAAAUCGCCGACUGCCUCUAACUUCACCACCAGGAUGUCCCACUGCAGGAAUACGGUGGCUGCUCUGGAGGAGGCUCUGGAUGUGGACCGAAGUGUUCUGUACAAGAUGAAGAAGUCUGUGAAGGCCAUCUACACGUCUGGUCUGGGCGAAGGUAGGGAGGAUAGUUAUUUCCAUGCUCAUUGUGGCUGGUUGUGCCAGUGUUGGGUGUUUCCAGUGUCUUUUGUUUGGCCUGCCUGA